AUGGAGGGUGACUUUGGAACGACGUUGAUGAAAGUGGCAUUAUUUGCUCUUGUUCAAGCUUUGGUCUAUCUUAUCCUCUCGAAGUCGUCGAGGGUUUUCUCUAAAUCUAAUUCUAUGAAGAGGGCUUACAGUUUCCGGCCGGCGAGGUCCGUCAGCAUCCGCCGGAUUCUUGCGGCGCUUCAAGAUAUUCCUGCCGGCGGCGAGAUGUCUCCUUCCUCUAAUGGCUCUUCUUCUUCUCUUUCACAAGAUGAGGCAACAACUACUACUACAUCAUCAUCACCAUCUUAG